UUUUUAAAAAAUUAUACUCUUUAUUCCAAGUUCCCCCUGGAUACCAGCCUUACGGCUAAUUGGGCCACCCAGGUAAAAUAAAGUACCCUAAAUAAAAAGAUAUGUGCCAUUUCCUAUGAACGCCGGAAGAUAUCAAGGCUGCUGGCCCUUAAAAGGCGUGAAAACGGCAGCUCUCUGUCAAUUUGUACUUAACUGUGGGAUUUAAUUAUCCAGUUUGCUGGGAUAUUAGAUCAUGAAAAGCAUUAAACCACAAGAAACCACCGUACCCGCAAACAUUGCUCCAGGCCUUGACACUACUACCCUUUGCAUGACAAAGCAAUCUGAUAGUAUUAAUUCUUUGUUCUCAGUCUAUUUUUAAAACGAAGGCUCAAAGCUGUUCAGUUCAGAUCAGUUAACAAUGUCUAUUAAUUGAUCGCUUCCAAGUUUGACAGAAAUUGAGAGCGCUAUGACGUAAUUUUGUGGUGUGCCCAAUCACUUGUGUUUCUUCAUGAGUGACGAACGGUGUAUUCAAAUCUGCGAAAUAGGUGCGUUGUUAUGUUGAUUGUGGUUGAAACUGUCUUUACAAUCAGACACAGACAAAGCAGCUGCUGAGUUUUACCUUCUUGAACGGAAGCUUUUGAAAGGCAUGGUUACUUCCCUGCUGGGGCUACAGCGGCUGAAUGAAAAAAUUCAGCUCAAUUUAUAACUGAAGACCCUGAUUGCGCAGCGUGGUGUCUUUGAGUCUUUCUAGAAAGUGAAAGCGUCCAACUGUGACCUGUUAACGGGAGAAACCUAUUUUAUCCCGGCCCUAAAGACAAAACAAACAGCUUGUCACGAUGAUUUCUUCAAACGCAAACAACAUAUCCGUGGUUUUGGACCAUGCUGGUUCGGACAGAAAUGAUACUUCUACGCCAACAAAAUGUGCCGCUUUCACUGUUGGACCCAUGGAAAUUUAUGUCACAAUACAUGUUCUCACUCUUUUAGUGUCCUUGGUGGGAAACAUUCUUAUCAUUGCUGCUUAUGUGAGAAUGAAGGAAAAUAUUUUGCUCCCUAUCGCCAACAUGGCUGCAUCUGAUCUGCUGACUGCACUCUUUCUAAUGCCUCGCCUUUUAACAAGAGAGUUCACUCGAUCCAACGUUUUCCUCGUUCGAGGAGGUACAGGUACAUUUCUGUGCAAGAUGUGUACUUUUCUAAGCGACGUAUCGUUGUCUGUGUCGACCCAGAGCGUAUUGCUUAUAGCCACUGAACGAUUCCUUGCUAUUGUUUAUCCACUUCUGUAUAAGAAGGUGUUCACGGUGAAAAGACGCUAUCUCUUCGUCGCUUUAACAUGGAUAGCUUCCAUGGCGAUUCAUUCGCCAUACUUUUACAUUUUCCGUCUGUCUGCCGAUAACACGUGUCAACCCAACUGGGAACCAGCUUUUGAUCAUGAGUCGACGCAGCCACGCUACCUGAUCUUUCUAUUCAUAACAGUUUUGUUUUUACCGCUGCUUUCUAUUUCUGUGCUUUAUGGUAUUAUCCAUGUUAAACUUCAGAGAGAUAAAUUGGCUUCGUCUCGAACUGAGAGAGGGGCUGUAAGACAUCAAGAACGCAGCAGGAAGUUACAAAGGAUGGGAAUAGCUACUAUCAUUGCGUUCUUACUUUGCUGGACGCUUUAUAUUGGAAUAAGUGUUUUCAAACUAUUUUCCCCAAAUGCUCAACAGAAUUGUAAUAUAGGUUUCAGGAUGGUUGAUCAUAUUUCUCGAGUUUUGGUAAGCUGCUAUCCUGCGGUAAAUGCGAGCAUUUGCUUCAUUUUCGUACAGGGCUUUACUCAGCAGCUUAUAGGUAUGUGUAGACGAAAACGCCAACCAUCAGUCACUACUGAAAUAGUACAAGAUUGGUCUGCGGAGAACAACUGCAGUCGCAUACGAUCUGAAUCAGCGCAAACAUUGAGCUCGUUACUGAUCACGAGAAACGGGAACAAUUGCUCACUCGUUGAUUCCCAUCUAGUCUAAGACCCAUCUUUUCUUUGUCUUAGACUAGUCUAGAAUUGAUUAAUAGAAAUGCCCAGUUGAAAACAAGCUAAUUUGCAUACUUAGAUGUGCGACUUUCUGAUGAAAUUUACAUUCUAAUUUCAUCAUGUUAUUGUUUUAAGCGAUCGAGUGCAAGUCUGGUAAACCGAUGUGUUUAUGAAGCACUUUUCCCUCGAGAUAGUUACUCGCAAAUGGUUAAGUAUGCAAUUUUUUAUCAACUUAAUGAGUUUUGGAAAUAAAAUAUUCACGAAAUG